CGAUGUUUCAAAUACCUCUAAUGGCGAUGCUUCUACCACUCCUGAUGACGAUACUGCCGACAAGAGUAAUGACGAUACCAGUGGCGAUGACGCGGGCGUUGAGGACAAUAGUAGUUCAUCCACUAAUGACGAUGAUAAUACAGAUAAUACCAGUGACAUUGUUAACGACAAAGAUGAUGGUGAUGAUGACGGCGCAAGCACCUCCUCUAAUGACGACGACAACGACAACAAUAUUGAAGGUACCGGUAGUGAUAGUAACAACGACGAUGACGGCGAUGAUAGUGCUGACGACACUACCCCAAACGAUGACACUAUUGACGAUUCAGUAACGUCAAAUGACGACGAUGAGGAUACUAGUGAUUUGAAUGAUGCCGAAAACAAUGAUGGAGAUGAUAGUAUAUCCAGCAACAACGAUAAUGACGAUACAACUUCAGAUAAUGAUGGUAACGAUGAUGACAUUUCAGCAAUAGACAGGAAUAAAAUUUCCAAAAGCGGAAGCACUUUCAUUGUCAAUUCAAAUACUGUUACAUUCGAUGAACCACCAGACGACGACGAUGACGACGACAAUGAGGAUAUCGAUGACUCAUCGCUUUUUAAUUCCAUGGAAAUACCUGACCUAACAGAAAGCGUCAUUAAAGAUACAGGAAAGCUAACAAGUGAUACAAACGAUGUCACAACAGGGUCAGACGAGGAUCACUCACUUCUAUCUGCAAGUUCAACUUCCAAAGGAACUGCCGUAGUACCUCCACAAAUGUCUUUGGCUGAACAAAUUCAGGCUCAAAAAGCCUCGGCUAAAGCUGACAACGGUCUCAUCACGCCUCUUUUCGACGACGCUUCUAUGUUGAAUUUACUUCAAGAUUCUUCUACGUCCCGCCAUAACUCGGCAACAUCCUCGUCAAAUGCGCUAUCGUCCCUACAGACUAACUUCCUCUUACAGGACGCAGCAGCAGUGUCAAAUUUCGUGCAGUCUAGACAAGUCGGGUCGUCUUCAGUUGUUGCCAAGACCGGCUCCGUUCGCCGGACCAACGAUGACGGGAAUCUCCUGGCAGCAGCGCUAGGACUACAGCCAUUGCCGUCGUCACAGAAACAAGAUGAUACGAGUAGUGAACGAUUCAAUCUGGGUGAUGAUUCGGAUUCCAAUGAAAAUUCUAAUCCAAGCGAGGUAGAUCUUCAAGAAAAUGGUCGUUCUACUACAUCGGACAGUUUUGACGAUGAAAGUUUAUCCGAGUUUAUUGAUAGUUUAAGUCCAGCGGAGUUAGACGCCAUGUUGGCAACAGAGGACCUCACCAAUUUUAUUAACCUUGACAGACUCCCGGGAGCUCAAGGAAUACCAGUAGCAGCUUUUGAUGAGCCGUCAACAUCAUCUACAGGAGAAAGUAACACUAACACAAAUAAUAAGCAGUUAUUUGAUAUAGACGAUAUGCUUUCAGACUUAAGAAUUACCUUUCCGCAACAAGAGGCGUCCUCAUUCAUUGAAAAUGCAAACGAAUUUGGCAGUGUAAUGCAGUCAACGUCGUCAGCUCCGUCGUCCACGAUUAAAUCGACAGGUACACAAUCUAACACAGGCAUAAUGUCGCAAAUAUUGACAGGACUGAUGCCUGCUGGGUUCCGUCCUUCAUCGUCAGGUCAAGAAUCUACCCGCCACGAAACUUCCAAACCAUCGUCCAAGGAAUCGAUUGUCGCCCGACCGUUCGAACAUCCGACCGAACCAAAAGACGUUUCAUCAUUACACGGAUCACUAAGCAGUCACACACGGACCUCCGAGGCCACGCCAUUAGUGUCGCCUACACUGUCAGAGAUCAUCUUCUCUAUGUUUCCUGAUAACAGUAGGAAUUUUGAGUCAGCGUCACAAGGACAGGGUACAGGAAUGUUCGAGUCACGGUCACGAGAACAAGGAAAAGGAGUGUUUGAGUCAAAUUCACAAAGACAGGGAAACGGCGUAUUGCAGUCACCGUCUAAAGGACAAGUACAAGGUAUCGGUGCGUUCGAGUCAGGGUCUCUAGGACAGGGGACAAAUGGUUUUGAGUCAGCGUCAUUAGGGUCGGGUGUCAGUGUGCUCGAUUCAGCGUCUUUAGGACAAGAACAUGGACAGGAUGUGUUGAGAACCCUAGGGAAUAGAAACGGCUUCACUAAUGGUAAUGGUCAAGACUUCAGUCUUCUCAGCUCCUUAGGGACAUCUGAUGCACAAGCCUCACUAAGUGCCUUUUUAUCCAGAGACGAUCUUAACACAGAUUCUUUCCUAGACAGUUGGUUAGAAGAUGAUCGUAAUCUAGGAAUGUUAAGUGCACUUUUAGAAGGAAAUGAAAGAAAACAAGGCGAUGCUGUUGAGUCAAGUGGAAAUAGUUUGAGAGGAGAAAAUUCAGAUGAGAAUGAUUCUAGUGAAAACAGUGAUGAUAGUUCAUCAAGUCAAACGCUUUCCGAUAAUCAAAGCUCAGAUGAAUCCGGAGAGGAUAAUUCGGGAGAUGACAGUACCGAUGAUUCGACAGAACAGCAAUCUGGUCAAAAUGCUUCCGGUGGACAAAACUCGGAUGAAUCGGAUAAUUUAGGUGAUGGCAAUUCUAAAGCAAAGAGUUCGAGUGAUGACGACUCAACUGGCUCAGAUUCAUCUGAAUCUGGUUCAGAUUCAUCUGAAUCUGGCUCAGAUUCAUCUAGAUCUGGCUCAGAUUCAUCUGGAUCUGGCUCGUACGAACUUGAUUUUAGUGACCUUGACCUAGAAUACCUUGAUGAAGAAGAUUUAGAAGAGCUAUUUAAACUUCUUGAUGAAUGA